UUAAAAAAAAUUGUUUUGCAUAAUUUGAGACUUCCUUUGCGGGAAAUUUAAAAUCCAAAGUAAACAACAUUCAAGUCAAACAUUAAAAUUUUCAACAACUCAUUCUCAUUUCCUUAACCAAAUAAAUUUGAACUCGAAAUAUGACGACAGAAAGAGGAGAGGGUGUGACCGAGGAAGUUAGCGACGAGGUCCAAAUCGUUAAUGCCACCGCGGAACAAAUCGUUGUAUCCAACUCUUUGCUUGUCAAACUAAUUCUGGAUAAUCUGACGGUCAAGGAUUUGAAGCGGGUUGCCAGCACAAGCUUUACAUUUUACUCGGAAGCGGUUAAACUGCUCGACAAGAAGUCAAAAAUCGAUUUGUGGAGCGAGAAUUACCAAUCGUACUUUGAAUCAUUCAAGAAGGGAGGAAGAAUCCCGAAUAGGUCCAUCGUCGGAAUGUCGAUCGGCACUCCCAAAGAUUAUCUUUCAUCAAUUCCUUCAACCCCAAAACGCUGUCCCAACAUUGGCUUCGAAAUAAUUAGGAGAAUUGGUGGGGACAAAGUUCGAUUUCUAGAUAUUCACGUGGAAACUACAAAGCCUUUCUUCGCAAAAAUGAGGAAACUUUUAUCGCUGGCCGUGAAUUUGGACGAAUUGGAAAUCUACUUUAAAAACGUUUACCAUUGCGACACAAAUUUUGUCGCGGCCCUGCCGUUCGACGACACAUUCCAGCUGCCAAACUUGAAGCUUUCGUUCUCUAUGGAUGAGAUGGACAAUGAUGGACAAGAAAGAAUCAGGAUAUUUUUAAACCGGCUUAUUUCCGCUUCUCAGAAUUUGGAAACAUUCGACGGAAAUGGGGUAACCCAAGGGGUACAGUCCUUAACCGCCAAAUUAUUUUUGGAGGAGUUAGCAAAGAUUCCCGGACGGAUGGAAAAGAUGAACGAGCUGUCCUUCAGACCUUCGUCCUCUUUUGAGUAUGGCACCCAAGUUUUUAAUCGUUUGCACCGGAAUUUUGUGGGAUUACACAUAAUCUCAUUGAGCGUAACCAGGGUGAAUGUAGAAGAAGUGGAAGAAAUCUUGGAGAAUUUUAAGAAAUCCUCGGCCUUGACCAAGCUUCAGUUAUUUUUGGGAAACGACUAUUGGGAUGACAACGACGACGACGAGGAAGGCAAGCUGAAGAUCCCCGUAAUGGAAAACUUGGAGAAGUUUGAUGUAUGGAAAAACAUGGAGAUAGAUGAUGUUGACGUGGUUAUCAAACCUUCUGCAGGAGUUUUCAAGAAGUUGUGGCGCCUCGAGAUAAGCGUUGCUUUGAUAAAGGAAAUACUUUUAAGUGACCCCAACCAACACAAGGGCAGAUUUCCCUCACUGACGCACAUUUGCUACGAUGAAAUGGAGGAGAAGCUGCAAGAUGAUAUGAGGGAAGAAAUUUUGAAUUUUUUUCCAAAUGUGUCGAAAUUCUUUCCCCGGAUUUAUAAGUAAUGUGAUAAACUACUCGAGAAUUUUCAACUUUUGUAUUCUUUACUAAAUUAUGGGACUAAAAAUGCACUAAUUAAUUCAUUUUUUUCUUACUGAUAUUUAAUUUGUAAGUUUUUGUGCUUUAUACUCAAAGAUAACACAAUCUUAAAAAAUGCAUGGAAAUUAAUUAAGUAAUACACUCUUAGAAAAAUGAUAUUCGAUAAUUACUGACCAGAGUACAUACAGAUAUCUGUACCUACAUAUUUAUUUAUAUAUAUGACUCUACCGGCACGGUAAUAACGGGCAUUACCAUUUAUUUAAUAAUGUUGUGGUAAUGAAAUAAUACAAAUGGUGAAUUGGUAAUCUUUAAAGUAAAAUAAAUUAAAAUUAAACUUGUUGUCCCU